UGCUCUUCUCCCUCAGCUGCUGCCACUGCCGCUGGUGCGUUGGUUUCUGUGUCCCUGAAGGUUGGUGCGAAGGUGGAAAGGGAGCCCUGCGACCCGCGGGGACUCGGCGGGGGCGGGACCUGACGUGCAGCUAAUGUGUAAAGCACUUCAGACAAGAGAAUCCAGGAUCUGGGAGCAAGCCACAGCAGUCCUGUCAUGACCCUAGUCCAUUCACCUUCUCUCCCAGCUAUCUUUCCAGAGUCCUCUGAGUUUCCAAGAGCCGUGGAAGAUGAAUACAUCUCUGGAGUUGGUGUCAUUUGAGGACGUGGCUGUGAACUUCUCCUGGGAGGAGUGGCAGGACCUGGAUGAUGCUCAGCGGACCCUGUACAGGGUUGUGAUGCUGGAGACGUACAGUAGCCUGGUGUCAUUGGGGCACUGCAUUACGAAACCUGAGGUGAUUGUCAAGUUGGAGCAAGGAGCAGAGCCAUGGACUGUAGAGGAAGCCCCAACCCAGAGCCUCCCAGAUGUCCAGACUGCAGAUGACCUGAUUGAGACCCGCCAGGAGCAUCAGAGCAGACAUGUGUGGCAAGUUGGAUUUGCCAACAACAAAACGUCAACUAAGGAGAGAACCAACUUGGGAAAACCAUUUAAUUUGAGUGCAAUCCACCUUUCAAACCUGAUUAUAAAUAAUGGAAACUGUUCAGGAAUGAAGCCAGAGGAGUUUAAUGUGUGUCAGAAGAUGUUUCUCCCUGGUGAGCCUGAUGAGAUGUAUGCUGGAGAGAAGCCUGAGGACCAUAAUACAACUGGGAAACCCCUCAGGUAUGGCGAGCAUUGUAGUUUUCAUCAGAAGGAUCGAAUUUUGCAGCCACCUUUUGAAUUUGGUGGGCAAGGGAAGGGCUUCAACAAGGAGGCAACCUUCUUUACACAUAGCAGUGCUCACAUGGGAGAGCCUACCUAUACAUAUGACGAAUAUCAGAGAGCCUGUGACAAGUCAGCUCUCAUUGCCCAAGAGAGAACUCACAUAGGGGAGGAUCACUGUAGAUGUAAGGACUGGGAGAACACCUUUUGUGCAAAACCAACACAGUCCAAUCUUCAUAGAGCUGAUUUCAAGGAGCAACACCGUAAACUUAAUCAAAGUGGGGAUAAUUUCAGCAAGAAAUUACACCUCACUCCACUUUCAAGAACUCAGUUAGGAGAGAAAACUUUUGAAUGUGAUGUAUGUGGCAAAACUUUCUACAAAAAGUCUAAUCUCAGUAAACAUCAGAAAAUACACACAGGAGAGAAACCCUAUAAAUGCAGUGAGUGUGAGAAAACCUUCAUCAGUAAAACAGUUCUUACAAUACAUUGGAGAACUCAUACAGGGGAGAAACCCUAUGCAUGUAUCGAAUGUGAGAAAUCUUUCUGCCAUAAGUCACACCUAACUGUUCAUCAGAGAACCCACACAGGAGAAAAACCGUAUGAAUGUUAUGAAUGUGGGAAAUCCUUCUCUGUGAAAACCAAACUCACUGUACAUCUGAGAACACACACAGGAGAGAAACCCUAUGAAUGUAAUGAGUGUAAGAAAUCCUUUUACCAGAAGUCAGCCCUCACUGUACAUCAAAGGAUUCACAAUAGAGAGACACAUCAUGAAUGCAAUGAUUGUGGUAAAACCUUCCAUAAGAAGUCAAUUCUCAUUGCACAUCAGAGAACUCACACAGGAGAGAGACCUUAUGAAUGUAAAGAAUGUGGGAAAUCCUUUGGCCAUCGCCCAGCUCUUACUGUACAUCAGAGAACUCACACAAGAGACAAACCUUAUAAAUGUAACGAAUGUGGGAAAUCUUUCUGUGUAAAGCCAAAGCUCACUGUGCAUCUGAGACUUCACACAGGUGAGAAACCCUAUGAAUGUAAGGAAUGUGGGAAGACUUUCUACCAGAAAUCAAAACUCACUGUACACCAGAGAACUCACACAGGUGAGAAACCUUAUAAAUGUAAUGAAUGUUGGAAAACCUUUUGUGAGAAGUCCACUCUCAAUAGACAUCAGAGAACUCACACAGGAGAGAAACCCUAUGGAUGUAAAGAAUGUAGGAAAACUUUCUACCAGAAGUCAGCCCUGACUGUACACCAGAGAACUCACACGGGAGAGAAACCCUAUGAGUGUAAUGAAUGUGGGAAAACCUUCUGUCAGAAAUCACACCUCAGCAAACAUCAGAGAACUCACACUGGGGAGAAGUCAUGUGGGGCGGAGACUGGCUAUAUGUAUACUAAAACUCACUUUCUCUUUGUGUUGGGCACACAGUUAGCCUGCAUGUCUCAGCCUCCCUUUACUGUGGGUGGAAGCGUGUAA